AUGGGGGCUUUCGGUUCGAUGGGAACGGCGGCAAUAUUUGGGCUGGAGAAGAAUACGAAAAUUGCUGAAAUGGAGGCUGCGAUGAAAUCAACAGAUAAGGAAAAAUUAGUUCGCCGAGAGAAGAAGCUUGGAGAGGGAGAUUUGUUUGGCGUGAGAGCACUUGAGCAUGGCUAUUUCGGUGGUGUUGCGCAGUCGAGACCCAGCUCUCCUACGCCUUCGUACAGAUUAGCACCAAAUACGGCGUUGGUAGAUUGGAGCAAGGCACCGAAGCCUGGAUCC